AUGACGACAACACCAUUUAUGAGUCUUGCUGAAAAGACAGCUUAUAAACGUAAUCUUGUUAAGAUCAGAUUAGCUAGAUUUGGAAGAAGACAUCAACCAGUUUAUAAUAUUGUAGUGAUGCCAGCUAAAAAAGCACCUCAAAAAUUACCAUUAGAAGUUAUAGGUACUUAUGAUCCAAUACCUUUACCAAAACCAAGUCAUGAUAAUUCAGCACCAGUUAAAGAAAUCAAUUUAGAUUUUCAUAGAGCUAAAUAUUGGUUAGGUCAAGGUGCUGAACCAACUGAUAGAGUUGCUUGGUUAUUUAAAAAAGCUGGUUUAUUACCUUCAUUUUGGCCAAAAGAAAGUAAAUUAUCUCAAGAAAUUAUUAAACCUGUAAUAGAGGAUAUUAAAGAAACUCAAGAGGUUCCUGUUGAAAGAAUAAGAAGAAGAUAA